AUUUAUUUGAAAUUCAUUUUACGAAAUUUAAUGAGAUUGCGGUAACUAUUUGAAUUAUAAUUGAAUAGUUUCCUCAAUGAAAUAUUUCGUUGCUGUAAUAUUUUAGUGGAAUAUAAGAAAAUAUUGACAGUUCAAAUAGAUGUUUGGAGGUCGAUAUCCAACAAAAGAAUGAAAAAAUAAUGUCGCAGCCUGAAUGCCCGGUCUGUUAUUUAUCGAUUUAACGAUUAUGAUAACAUAUAAAUUUGAGAAAUAUUUGUAAUUGUGAAACAAGUUAUUUAAUGAUUUUAAUUUACACAUACACAUCUUGAUGCAUUAUUAACAAGACGGCGAUGAUAAAUUGCCAAAUAAUAUUUAUUCAAGUGGUGCGUCCACUGUAAGUAGAGAUAUAUUAAAUUAAUAAACUGAUAAUUCAUAGAAGUUGAAUAUAAAGUGCGUAGCGAUCGAUGUUUCGGUACACUGUCUUCAAGUGAUUUUGCUGAGCUUCACUCUGCUAACGAUUCCAACAAAAUGAUUAGCUAUAAAUUUAUAUAUUUAAUUCUCUUGGUCUGCACUGCGAGUCAGGUUUUACCAAAACCUUUAACGGAAACUGGUGGAGGUGUUGGUACUGGUGGAGAUACUGGUACUGGUGGUGGUGUGGGUACUGGUGGAGGUGUUGGAACUGGUGGAGAUACUGGUACUGGUGGUGGUGUGGGUACUGGUGGAGGUGUUGGUACUGGUAGAGGUACUGGUACUGGUGGUGGUGUGGGUACUGGUGGAGGUUCUGGUACUGGAGGUGGUAUGUCACCAGGAGCAGGCAUGAUGCCUGGAGGUGGUAUGGCACCAGGAGGUGGUAUGGCACCAGGAGGUGGUAUGGCACCAGGAGGUGGUAUGGCACCAGGAGGUGGUAUGGCACCAGGAGGUGGUAUAUUACCAGGAGCAGGCAUGAUGCCUGGAGGUGGUAUGGCACCAGGAGGUGGUAUGGCACCAGGAGGUGGUAUGAAACCAGGAAGUGGUGCAAUACCUACAGGAGGUGGAGCUGUCGGCGGGGGUGUAGUCGGUGCUGGAGGAGGUGGAAUCGACAAAACUCAGUCUAUCGCCGAACAUAUCUUCGAAAUCGCUGAUUACCUCCUCGGCUGCGACGAUGACGACGACGACGACGAUGAUGAUGACUAUUACUACUGGUGGUAACCCGUCAAGACUUUUCAAGCUAAACAAUAUUUAUAUUUAUCCAGCAGUCGAGUAAUUCAUUAUCGUUAUUUUUAUAA